AUGAACAGUUACCUGAGCAAGUGCUCCACCGCCGCAAUGAUGUUUGGGAUUGAUCUUAACAUGAGUCCUCCACAAGAUGAUGCCUCAGAACCUGCAGAUCAACAGGAAGAACAGAACAGUCAACAACAAUACAACAAUGAGGAACCAGUCAAUAAUGAAGCAACAUGGGAAGAAGCAAGUGGUGUAGAGGAACCAAUUCAUGAAGAAGCAAGUGGUGCAGAGGAAGCAAUUCAUGAGGAAGCAAGUGCUGUACAGAAACCAAUUCAUGAGGAACUCACAAAUGAGGAGAGAUAUGGUAUUUUUUUUGCACUCAUGGUGAUCAACACCCAAAAUGGACAAGUUCUGAAAAAAGACAAGCAGGUCAUUGCUAGCCUACUCGAUACAACCAUAAGAACUGUUGAGAGAAUAUGGGAAAGAGCUCUUAAACAAAUUGAAAAAGGGGAGAAAGUUGAUGUCUCAAAUCAAAAGCCAGGUAGAGUUGGCCGCAAGCGGAAAGAUUUGGAUCUGUCGAGGGUGGUGACAAUCCCAUUGAACAGAAGGAGAACAUUGCGAGGUCUAUCAAAGGCAUUGGGUGUAAGCUGCACGACCUUACACUCAAGGUUCGAGUGGGGUCAUUUGAGGCGUCACAGUAAUAAGUUGAGGCCCCACUUAAACCUGUCCAACAUUGUAAAGAGAUUGAAAUGGUGCUUGGCUAUGUGUGAAGAUUAUUGGUCUGCGACACGGGAAUUAGACAACAUAGCCUACAUGGAUGAAAAGUGGUUCAACAUGACUGGGGAGGUGAACAACUACUAUUUGCUUCCCGAAGAACCCGACCCCUUGCGCACCUUGCAUCAUAAGGAUAGCAUCGCCAAGGUGAUGUUUCUCGCAGCCGUGGCUAAACCAAGAUACGGCAAAGGUGGUGAGGUCACUUUUGAUGGAAAGCUCGGCAUUUGGGCUUUUGUCACAGAGUCUCCUGCUCAAAGAACCAGUGAAAACAGAGAUAAAGGGACGCUCGAGCUCAAAUCAUUGAAAGUCACACGAGAUGUAAUGAGGUAUUACAUGUGUGAGAAACUUAUUCCUGCGAUCCAAGAGCACUGGCCAGACGAAGAUGAAGGACAGACAAUCUAUAUCCAACAAGAUAAUGCCACGCCACAUAUUCUUCCCGAUGACUCGGUUUUCCGAUAA